CUCUACACAUGUCUUAAUUCUUAAUUAAAAAUAAAUUAAUUUCGUUGUGUGCCUUUUUUGCUAUUUCAUCUCAACAUCAAGACAUUUGACUUCGCUGGUAAUUACACGUUUCAAGAAUGAGUUAUAUUUGGGCAUUCCGUAAUUAUAUUAUACAGACAGAAAGUAUCGUGAUCAUUAUCUAAAAUAAUCCGCUUUGCAUCUAGGAUUAAUGUUCCCUACGGAAUAAAAUGUGACAUCAAAUAAAUGUAUUUCGAAAGUUCAUUCUUUGUGCUUCACCGACCAUGAAGAGGUUUUGCUUUUGGGAAUGUUCUGCUACAGGGAUAUGUUGUUCAAGAAUACGAUCAAAUAUCAAUGAUUAUAGCUCUGUCUGAAAUAAGUGGAAGACUUUAGAAGCGCACGAAGACAAUAUACGUUCGCACAGUGUCUGUGAAGCGCUUAUAUAAAUGAAAAGGACAUCCUUAGUGUAGAAAACAAUAUAGAAUAAUACUGACAGAACUGUUCCACAAGGGCCAAAAUUCCGAGUUUAAGUAAUUGCCAUUUCUAUACGUUUGUUACUACCAAUGUAGUGUGAUGUAUUCAUUUGAAUAUAACUAUAUACAUUUUAUAAACAUUUAUUCUUUAUAAUUUAAGAUUUAUCGGCGAAAUGACUGACCAGCGGUUGCUUGAACACCCGUCGAAUAUUUCCACCGUCGAUACCGAUGGUUACCAUGGCAGCAUGCUCACUGCUGGCAACAGCGUCAUCACCGGAAACGCCACCAUUGAUUUUAAUCGCAAUGACUUUCUUGACAUUCUUCUAUCUGAUGAGCAUGGACCAUUUAACAAGGCAACGGAGAGUUUAAUUAUUGCCGUCUUCUCCCUACUUAUCAUAUUUGGGGCCCUUGGAAACGGACUUGUGUGCUUCGUUGUUUUCCACAACACACAGAUGCGAACGCCAAGAAAUAUUUUCAUCAUUAAUUUGGCAAUAUCCGACCUUACAUUAUGCUUAUUUACGCAGCCGUUGAAUUUAUACAAACUUCUUAACAACCAGUGGCAUAUUGGUUCGUUUAUGUGCAAAUUUUCCGCAAUGCUGCAGGGGACAAACGUGUUUGUGUCGACAAUUAGCAUCACAGCCAUUGCGCUUGACAGGUUCCAAGUGAUUGUGUAUCCUUCGCGUGACAGUAUGAAGAGAAUUGGGUGUGCAGCGGCGUUGAUAACUAUCUGGAUAAUUUCUAUACUUAUGUCAAGCCCACUCAUCAUAUUUUCUGUCUACAACCAAGAAAAGCCGAUACCGGAAAUUGACUUUUAUUUCUAUUAUUGCUUGGAGGAUCUGACACUUCGUGCUGAGAAGGGCGCUUACUCCGUAGCGUCUAUGGUCGUUCAGUAUAUUUUGCCGGUUAUAACGGUUUCUAUUGCACACGCCCGAAUCUGCAAUAAACUCAAAUACAGAAUGGUAAAUCGCAGACCGCCCAGCUCCGGGGACGCAAACGCUUCUCAGAUGGGAUCAACAAACAGAAACAGGGAUAAUAGAGCCGCGCGCAAACGAAAGACAAACAUUCUCCUUGCAAUGAUCGCCGUUGUGUUCGUAUUCAGUUGGUUGCCUCUAAACAUCAGCAAUAUUCUGGUGGAGUUUCAAUUUCAGAUCUUUAGAAACAGAGGCAUAGACAUAAAUCUUGUGUUCGUAAUUUGCCACAUGCUUGUUCUUAGUUCCGCGUGUUCAAACCCCGUUCUAUACGGCUGGUUAAACGAAAAUUUCAACAAAGAGUUCCGAAAAAUUCUAAAUUGUUCCUGUUUCUCUUGGUUAAAAGGCGAGUUGUUGUGUAUCACACGACGACAAACAAGGGAAAUCCCAGUCAUAACGUUUUCACCGGAUGAGAACGGGGCGAAAAUAAACGGCUUUGUGCAUUCCGAACGGCGACCAACAAACGCUUCCCAAAUGUUUACAACUACUGAUGCUGAACACUCAUACGCUCAUUCUGCCGUUUCUUUGUAAUUUCUACUAAAUGGACAGUGACGUUGUUUCAGUUGUUUAUUUUUUAUUUUUUAUUUUUGUAAAACAUUGGUGUUCUACGAUUUUUAUUAUUUAUCGAAUACUUUUGCCCUAAGAGGAAACGAUCGAAAGCGGAAGGUAAAACAGGAUCAGACUACAUUCCCGCAAGUUGCUUACAAGAAAUAGAUCUGGCGUAACAAAUUCAUAACAAGGUAAAGAGUACAAAUAGGGAGACACUAUAUAUUGUUUAUUUAAAGAUAUAAAUAUUCGUUAUUGAUAAUGCUAAACGAAUUAUAUUGUCAGACCCAGUUUUUCUUAAUUGUGCAUAAAUCAUUUAAGUGUUUGUUUUUAUGUAAAAGUUUCUAUAGGAGUAUUAUUAUUAUUAUGCAAACAAUAUAGCAGUCUUCUUCGUAACAUGAAAGGCAGUAUGCUAUAUAAGAACAAUGUUUUAUAUUCAUAGAUAUUAUCCUUCCAAAAUAUUUUUUCGAUUUUAAAACUUUUAGAUUAGUAAAAGCUAUAUAUGUAUAGUUUUAUUUAUUGAAAUAUAAGUUUACGCAUAGUAAAGAUAUAGUUAGUUGUAAUGCUUGCAACAGUAAGUUUACUAUUUUAAAUGUAUAUAGCGCGAGUCUACGUUUGUACAUUUGAUAUGCAAUAGGUAUUUGGUACAAUACUUUGUUGUUCAAUUGGUCCGAAUCAAAUUGCAAAGUUAUUUACAAUUUUAGUCAUUAUAAUGUGUCAAAUACAUGUUUUGAAUAAUACAUCUUUCUGACAUUU